UCGCCUGUGUCAGUCCCCGGAGGGAGCGCGGGUGGCGGGGCAGGCCGCGGGACAGCCGCAGGUGGGGCCUGGAGCGGUGGCCGGACUGGGGCAGCCCCGCAGCCCCGCGCGGGAGCCACGAUGCCCCGCGGGGACUCGGAGCAGGUGCGCUACUGCGCGCGCUUCUCCUACCUUUGGCUCAAGUUCUCGCUCAUCGUCUAUUCCACCGUCUUCUGGUUGAUUGGGGGCCUGGUCCUGUCAGUGGGGAUCUAUGCAGAGGUCGAGCGGCAGAAAUACAAAACCCUGGAGAGCGCCUUCCUGGCCCCGGCCAUCAUCCUCAUCCUCCUGGGGGUAGUCAUGUUCAUUGUCUCCUUCAUCGGGGUGCUGGCUUCCCUCCGGGACAACCUGUGCCUUCUCCAGUCGUUUAUGUACAUCCUGGGGAUCUGCCUCAUAAUGGAGCUUAUCGGCGGCAUAGUGGCUUUGAUCUUCCGGAACCAGACCAUUGACUUCCUGAAUGACAACAUUCGGAGAGGAAUUGAGAACUAUUACGACGACCUGGACUUCAAGAACAUCAUGGACUUUGUUCAGAAGAAGUUCAAGUGCUGCGGCGGGGAGGACUACAGAGACUGGAGCAAAAACCAGUACCAUGACUGCAGCGCUCCCGGGCCCCUGGCCUGCGGGGUACCCUACACCUGCUGCAUCAGGAACACGACAGAUGUCGUCAACACCAUGUGUGGCUACAAAACAAUUGACAAGGAGCGCCUGAGUGCCCAGAACGUCAUUCACGUGCGGGGCUGCACCAACGCCGUGUUGAUAUGGUUCAUGGACAACUACACGAUCAUGGCGGGUCUCUUACUGGGCAUCCUGCUUCCUCAGUUCUUUGGUGUGUUGCUGACGUUGCUGUACAUCACCCGAGUGGAGGACAUUAUCUUGGAGCACUCGGUCACCGAUGGAUUGCUGGGACCUGGUGCCAAGUCCAGCGUGGACACGGCGGGCACUGGGUGCUGUCUGUGCUAUCCCAGUUAGGACCUGGUUGGACACAACAGCCUCAGCAGGACUGUACUGCACGGCACAUCCCAGUCUACACAAGCCGGACAGAGGAGCUCCAGCUUCCCUGCCCACUUGAGGCGCCGACCAAAGCCCAGGGUGUAUGUGUCCGUGUACAGUGUCCAAUGGCCUCUCCUCCCAGGGAAUGGCUGAACCCUGCAGAACCCCAGGGGAUAGGAAUGACCCAGCUCCAGUUCUGGGCCCCAAAGAAGGAAGUUCAGGGCUCAGGAUGGGCUCAGUUUAUUUCUCGCAGUGCCUCUGACAGUGGUCAUUACGCCCCGCCCCUUCAGGAGCAGUUCUGCGGUGGUUUUCAGGAGAGAGGAGGACAUGUUUGUUCCGCAGGGCAGGAAGUGCUGGGUUCAGCCCCAGUCCCUGAGCCAGAUGUGCGGUUGGACCAUGUCUCAAAUUUCCAGGUGCCUUGAGCCCUCUGUAAGGCUCCUGCAUUGCCCACCUAUUUUCUACGUGGUUUUUUAUAACAUUCAUGUUUUGUACACAGUUAACAAAAGUUUCUGGCUACUCAAAACUGGCCACCCCCACUCCCCGUCCCCAGUUCACUCUUCCCUCUGAGUCAGCUCAUUAAUCAAACAAUAAAGAUGUGAUUUUUGGGGG